ACAGACAGCGCCGAAGCACAGAAGCACUGAUGGCAGUCGGAUACACAAGAAUCGGAGACAAAUUCAACGUUGAACAUCGGGUCCGAUCUGAGCUGACGCAGCAUGGCGAAAGCGAAGGUCGCCAACAUGUCGAUGAAAUCCAAGUUCGCUGAGGCAGAUGCUGAGCCAAUGCUUCGCAAUUUGAGUGCCAUGAAGCUACAACGCUGGGGCAGAAUGCUCUUGGUGAAGAGGCGCAUUCAUCACCUGUAUGUUCUGGAGGACAAGGUCUUGUUGCGGCCCAAGCCUGCCCUACUGGCCUUGAAGCUUCUUCUUCCGGACUCGCGACCCAGUUCGAGCGCCUCCGCCGAUCCGCGUCGAGCCGCCGCCGAGCGGAGCGAAGGUCGCAUGGAAUCGAAGGCGUCCAGCGGAGCGUCGAGCGUCACGCUGUCGGCGCUCGCGGGGCACUUGGAGAAGAGUGGUUUCUACCCAGUGACCUCGCCGGAGAAAGAGCCCUUUGUGUCUUCCACCGUCAGGGCUGCUCAGGCCAUCUUCAGUCUAUUGCAUGUACCACGCGACGGCGCUUUGCAAGAGAAGCAUUUGGAUCGGGUGUAUCGGCAUCAUAGGAUACACUGGAGAAUCAGCAUGUCCAAAACGAGUCUUCGCUUGAUUCUCAUGCGGCACGGUGAGAGCUCUUGGAACGCCCAGAGUGUGUUCUCAGAUUCCCCAGGUUCUCCUGCCGCAUACAGAGCUCUUCGUCCUGAGGGAUGGACCCAGGUCACUCGCACGAGCUGGGCUUUGAGACUCUGCCAGGAUUGGCAGCCACACAUGCUGCUGAGUAGCAGCUUGGCAUGUUGUAGACAAACCUGCGAACGAGUUUGCUCCAUGUUGAACAACCCGGAAAGUGGCGUUCCUGGUGCUAUUGAGGAAGGUGCCAAAACCUUAAGGAUCGCAAGGUGCAAAGCCCUCGACUUUCCAGAUCGUGUGGGUGGCUUGGGCCUGUCAGCUUCCGAAGUGGGGGACGCAGUGCGAGAGGUGGUUCAGGAGGCUGAAGCUGAUUCCGGAGAAAAGUUGCCUCGUCCCAAAGAUGUCCAGCAUUGCAGCCCACCCAAAAUCCUCAUGUUUGUGACUGGCGGAGCAGCCGCAGAAAGCCUCAUGGGAUAUUUGACCAGUGGCAUGAAGCGGAAGCUUUUGGAUCAGCUUCUGAUUGGCCCUGGAGAUGCAAUGUUGCUUGAGUCUCCACCACUCCACCGGCUGGUUGGUGACGGAAAUGAGGAACGGGUGCGAGCUGACAGCGAGCUUUGGCAGGCAGCACUCUGCAGAAACCAAUGGCACGCACUUUACCACAUUCGUGGGGAUGGCAUCGGAGCCCGGCCUGGUGCUUUGCCUAUGACCGUCGAGGAAUCCAAUGCGGAUGUAGCUCGCAAGAUCCGCGAGAGGGUUUUGAGACCAAAGUUCUAUGACAGCUCCAAAUUGCCUGAGGUCGACCGAGCAAGAGAGGUCUUUUCGGAGACAAGGGAGGCUUUCAGAAGAUUUGCUGGAGAGCCCAUGAUCUUCAGCCACAAGGAGUUUUCAAAGCUUUGUUGGAGAGCUGGAAAAGAGGAGGUUCCCUUGGAAUCCGAUUUCUGCGCCAAAGUGAGGCCAUUAGUUUACGGAUUUAAGUUCUCCUCACCAGUGGCCAGCAAUGAAGAAGCACCUGGAUAGCUAGAAGACAUAGCUGACUCAGCCGGUUCUUGGUGUUUAGUCCGUCUUUUCACUGUUCACCUGUGCACGUGUGUUAUUUUCGCUCGUGGUUUCCAUGGGCAGCGACUCCAAAGGAGCCGUAGAAUUUGCAGGCGAUGCGUGCGCCAGUUUGAGGCGACUUGAAGCGGAAAA